AUGACGCUCAUGGGCAUUGUCAAGAACUAUAAGGGUCUUUUAAUUGCUAGAUUCUUCUUAGGCGUUGCGGAAGCUGGGUUGUUUCCCGGUGUAGCUUAUUACAUUACUAUGUGGUAUUGUCGACAUGAAGCACAAUGGAGACAGGCUUUGUUCUUCAGUGCUGCCAGCGUUGCUGGUGCAUUUUCGGGGCUUUUGGCAUUCGGGAUUGCAAAGAUGGAUGGUGUCGGAGGUCUCGAGGGCUGGAGGUGGAUCUUCAUCCUCGAAGGGCUUCUCACAGUUGUCGUCGCAUUCGCAGCCUUCUACUUCCUUUACGAUUUCCCAGAAACCGCUUCAUUCUUGACGGAGGAGGAGAGGAAGUUCGUUGUUUGGCGUCUACGGUACCAAGGCUCCGUUGAUGUGAGGGAAUCAGCAGCUGUCGUCACAGACGAGAAGGUUGAAACAGCAAUGGUUGAGGAUAUCCGCUCAAACACGAAGAAUGCGCCUGCUGUUGCAGAAGUAGAGGAGUUUGAGUGGAAGUAUGUCCUGGACGCCUUCAGUGAUUGGCAGAUUUGGGUGAACAUUUUUGUUUAUUGGGGAAUUGUUUGUCCUCUGUACGGUAUCAGCUUGUUUCUUCCCAGCAUCAUCAAGAACUUAGGCUAUUCGUCUUCCAAGGCUCAACUACUCACUGUUCCCAUCUACAUCACUGCGUCGAUUCUUUCCGUCAUCACAGCUUGGGUCAGUGACAACAGAGGGAUCAGAUCGCCUUUCGUCUUUGGGGGACUUUGUCUUACAGCCAUUGGGUUUAUCAUCGCCAUCUCCGCACCACCAAGUGUCCCAGGACUGGUCUACGCGGGUGUUUUCAUCGCCACUUGUGGUAUCUACCCAGCAUUCCCCGGAAAUAUCACUUGGCUAUCAAACAAUUUGUCUGGCUCCCUGAAACGAUCUGCCGGAAUGGCGAUUCAGAUCGCAGUUGGAAACCUUGGUGGCGCCAUGGCGUCAAACUUUUAUAGGAGCAAUGACGCGCCUAGGUACACCCUGGGACAUGCGUUGGAGCUUGGAUUUAUCGGGGCCGGUUUGAUUGCUGUGGGCAUCUUGUUCUUUGGAUACAAGAGGAUCAAUGCCAAACGGGAACGAAUUGGUGAUGAUCAUGGGCUGACAGUCCAGGAGAUGGCUAGACUGGGCGACAAGUCACCCGGAUUUAGAUAUGUGCUGUGA